UAACAGCUAAAAACCGGAAUUAUUUCCCAUGGCGGGAACGACUGCCGCAUUCCCUCCAACCCCGUCAUCACUCUCUCUCCCCCAAAAUUUACCCUUUUACGUCAGAGAUCUCGUUGCUUCCGCCUCCCAACCCCCAAAAUUCACUCUCCACAAAACCCUAAAUUCAAAACCCUAAUUCAGCUGAUCCAAUGGACACCGAGCCACAGGGAUCGCCGGCCAGCGGAGCCGGCGAUCUACGGCAGGCGGAGGAACGGCCGAGCGUUCGCCGGAGACUGGUGCAGUCCACACUGUUCCCGCAGAACAAGUCUCCGGAAAUUGCGGCGGAGAAAUACGACCAAGGUUGCGAUCAAGAGGACGGCGGUAAACAAGAGAAUACCAAGACGAGGAAGAGAAGGGGAAGGCCCCCGACGUCUUCUAAGAUUGUUGCUGUAAAUGGCAAAGGGAUCCCGAGCAGGAAAGAGGGCGAGAAAGAUUCUCCACCUAUUGUUAAGGCCCAUGUCUUCUUACAAGCUUGUGAGGGACAACAUCCACAAGAAGAGCAGCAAUGUGUUGUUUCACCUCAAGCAAACGAUAGAACCUGCUCUCCAGUAGAAGCUGAAGCUGACAUGAAGACUCCUCGGCAGUUGAAACGGCGGGUGAAUUCAACACCAAAGAAGAAGCAAACACAAACUACACCAAAAAAGUAUAGUAAGAAUACUGGCCUAAAAGAAACAUGCCUUGAGCACAUAUCGGACAUACAGAGUGGAAAUCCAACACAACCAGUUCCUGAUCUUUGGUUAGAGGCAAAAAUGAAAGCCGAGGAAGAUGCACGUAUUUUUGGUGGAAGGCAGAUGCACCCGUUUUUCUCAUCAACAAAGAUGACCAAGAAUAUCAAGAAGACAAUUGAUGAGGAGGGAAAUUGGUGCUCAGUUGGGGGAAAGGAGAAAUACCCUACCCUCAGCCCCAUUCAUGUAUUUGAAAAGGUCCAGGAUGAUGCUGGCUCCCUUGAUUGGGGGAAUUGGAUAGUUUCUGAAAGAAGCUUUGUCAGUUCCAAUUGCGAUCUCAAGACUGCAUGCUCACCAGUUUCUGUAGGAUCUGUCAAUUCCUUACAUUUUGAUGACUCCCUAAUUCUAUAUCCUAGCAGAACAUCAUUGCUUCAGAGUGAGGAAGUUAUAUGUUUGGAUCAGUCUCCUGUUCAAGAACGUAGGUAUGCGAUAUCGGCAACUUCAGCUGAUGCCCCAGCGGUGCUCGAUGAAGAUUUUGAUGUGCAGGGUCAUGGGCAUCCUGGUCAUAUAAGAAACUCAGAUGCUGAUGGGGAGGGUAGAUUUCCUCACGAAAGGAUGAAGACAUACGAUGACGUUAAUGGCAAUCACCCGGUGAAUAGCCUAUGGACAAAUAAAUACCUGCCUCAGAAGGCCAUUGAGGUAUGUGGUAAUCGAGAAUCAGUGAAUUUCUUAAGUGAGUGGCUACGACUUUGGCAUGAACGAGGUUUUCGAUCCAGCAAAGAUCUUAGUGUUGGCAAAAACUUUAUUGUGCAUGAUGAUGAUUAUAACGGCUAUCAAAGUGACUGCGAUUCCGAUAAUAGAGAUGAGGAUGGUAGCCUGAAGAAUGUUCUCUUAGUUACCGGUCCUGUUGGGAGUGGGAAGUCUGCAGCUAUUUAUGCUUGUGCGAAAGAGCAAGGUUUUCAUGUCAUUGAGGUCAGCGCAUCAGAUUGGCGAACGAGAGCUCUUGUGAUGCAAAGAUUUGAGGGUGGCGUAGAAUCACAUUCAGUUCAACGUAACCUUAGGAGCAAAUGCAAUCCAAAUAUUGAUGAUGGCAUGGAGGUUAGCAUCCAGAAAUGCUUGGACGGAGGUUUAAUGGCCUUGUCCUUAGAAGCACAACACGAACACAGUAUGGACAUGGAGCACGUUGAAACAUACAUGGGUAUACUGAAAACUCCCGUGGGUACAGAGAGCAAGCUUAUACCGAAAUCCUUCCCAGUCUUUCCUUACAGCACAACGGUACAAGGGUCUGACAGUGAAGUUUUUGAACUAAUACCCUUAUUGGAUGGGGAAGAAGACUCGCAAAAUAAGACCAGAACACCAGAGAAAUUUGUCAGCAGGGCAUAUGGAACUUCUAUUGAUCAAACUGCAAGUAAACCCUUGAUACUUUUUGAAGACGUUGAUGCUCUUCUUUCUGAAGAUCAUGGUCUUAUUGCCACUAUACAAAAACUUGCAGAAACAGCAAAGCGGCCAAUUAUAUUGACUAGCAACAAUCACAGUCCUGUCCUGCCCAAUAAUUUGGACAGGCUUGAGUUGUGUUUUGCUAUACCAUCAAUGAAGGAGCUCCUUUGGCACGUGCAUAUGGUUUGUACUGCAGAAAAAGCACAAAUCCAACCGUGCUUAGUGGAGCGAUUUAUUGGAUGUUGUCGGGGAGAUAUUCGUAAAACCCUUAUGCAUCUCCAGUUCUGGUGCCAGGGUUGGAGAGAGCAAAAAGGUAGUGAAGAGCAAAGAAAAUAUGGUCCACUACUCUUCGAUCUUGACGCUGGGCAUCGGAUAUUGCCGAAGAUAAUCCCCUGGUGUUAUCCUUCUCAAUUGUCUGAAAUUGUGGAGAAGGAGAUUACUAAUUCAUUAUUGAUGAUGGAAGAAAGUUCAAAAUUAGUGGAGGUAAUUGUGGAGGGAGACCCAAACAAAAAAGCAAAGCAGAAACGAUUGAAGAGGCGUAAAAAUUGUGACACUGAUGGUAUUGAGGCCAAGAAAGAAGCAAUUUUAAGAAGGCACUGUCCUCUUCAGGACGGGAAUGAAUUAGAGACUCAAUUUAAUACUGCUUGUGAAUUUUCAAGUUCCUCAGGGUCACCAGUUGCAUUCACCCGGCGAAUUUCUAGAAGAAAAAUUGAAACAGUGUCGUCUUCCGAUUCUGGAAGCGAGGACUUGAAUGCCAAAUUUCCCGUAGUCAGGGAUAAACUCUAUGAGGAUACAAACAGUGGAAUGUUACUUGAAGUAGAUAGCAAAUCCCCCUCUUGUUGUCUAGCAACCGGAAUGUGCUUUGGCCCAAAACCUGUGCAGCUUCUUAAUUCUGAAGUGAAGAAGUUGGAGGGAAUUUUUUCUCUCUGUUCGGAAAGUGCAAUAUAUACUCAGAUUGAUGGAACACAGGAAUCAGUUGAUGUAUCAUGUGUGCCCGAAUCAUCUUUUGUGCCUGAGACUGAGGUUGAUGGUGGGACAUCAUUGUUCAAUAGGACAGGCUAUUCUUGUCAUGAUGCUGAUGUAAUGGAAGAAGUUUCCAUGUUCAAUGAUUCAAUGCUAAACAUGCAUGCAGUUGAGACAAAUAACCAUAACCAAUAUGUUUCAGGGUUACACAAUAACCGGGAAAUGGUAAAAAAAUUUAAUAGUUAUAUGGAAUUAGCCCACGAAGAGGAGGUGGGGGACACUAACAAUGAGCAUGUGGGAGCUGUUCUGAGAGGGUAUCCAGUGAUGGACGAGUGUAGCCGUAUGGACUUCAGUAGGCAUGCCAAAUCCAAGGCAAAGCCCAGCUCCUGGGUAUUAAUGGAUUCUGUUCAAGAUACAUGGAGAAGAAUUCGUGGUUCUGAUACAGAUCUAAGACAGUAUGUCACCCUUGAAGAGAAAAACGCUUCCCAAGUCCUGAAACUUGCUUAUGGAAUGUGUAAUUUAAUAUCAGAAGCGGAUAAGUUACUUGGUGACUGCCAUCAACUAAUAUGUGACUCAUUGGAACCAUCAAUGGUUCCUCAUGAGAAAACACAUUCAUUCAGCUGGUAUGAUGAUCAACUAUGGAUGACAUCCACAAUUGCACAACAUGGGAUUUGCUUCUACUCAAAAGAGAUUGCUGCUAUAGGUUCAUGUAAUGGUUUUGUGAAUAAAAUGGAUUUGGCAUCAGAGAUGCUAGCAUCUUCAAGUAAUACGACGGCUUUGGCGAAGUUGGUCAGUCAGGAUAUGGGAAUUGAGAACUCACAGAUGGGGUCAGUGGAAAGUGUCAGUUUCCUACAAAGUGAAUUGGGCUCGUGUAUUUCCUCUGUUAUGUCCAUAGUUCCAUCAAGGUUAUACUUGGCCACAAGAGGUGAUGCAUCAUUCUAUGAAUACCUUUCUUCAUUGGGCCAGAUUUCAAGAUUAGAAGCCUCCCGUUUGUCAGAGAGCAUUGACGACACGAAACAGAAAAGGGUUCGUGUUGCUCAUAACUACUUGAGUAAUGGUGCUUGGAUGUUAUCGCCAGAUGAUAUUUCGUUGCUUGGUCAAUAUCAUUGCUAUGGAAAAGGUUCAUCUCAAACCAUGGAUAAAAGUUUGAGAUAAUGAAGUGUAUCUCAUGGUUAGAUGUGUUGUAACUAACGUCAGACAAGUGGUUAAUGCCUCAAGUUGCUGGGAGAGCAUCAUUCAAGUGUAGUGAGUUUUGGCGACAGCAGUUGACGUGACAAAAGAUCAAUGGCUAAUUAUUUUGCUUAUAGUCGUUGACCUGAUCCGGAACUUAAGGGAUGCUAAACUCCGGAUGAAGAAUGAGAAAGAAAGAGGUCCGCAGAGAUAGGUACAUUGAUUCUAAUUUAGGAUAUGACAUCAUUUAUUGCCCUCGUAUAUCAUUUAGGGGUGUGGCUUGCACACACUUGGAUCCCUCCUCCAUGAUUUGAGUUGUUCAUAUGGCAGGGUUUGUCAAAUAGUAUGCCCACAUGAAAAUUCAAGUUGGCUAGAGACCUGUAACCAUUUGAUCAAAACACUUCAAGUUUUGCAAAAAAUGGUUAGAUCAUCUAUUUUUCUAAGUAAAAAGUGUUUUAAAUGAAGUGGUUGUGGGGGCUUUAUUAAUUUGAGUUUUCAUGUGGACAUUCUAUUCAACGAGCCCUAUAAUAUGAACGGCUCGGAUUGAGGAGAGAUCUGGGUGUUGGCAAACUGCACCCUGCAAUCCCAGAAGCUGAGUCCAAAUGUACAAUGCAAGAAGUCAUUGAUGUUAUAAUAUGUAAAUAUAAACAUAGGUACACUUCUUAUUGGUUUUUCUGUGGUUCUUGUGCUUGAUAGUCAUCAAAUGUGCCAAAGAACAUUUUGUACCUUUCCAAA